AUGACGGGAUUCCUGGUGGCAGCAUCAGACAAAUCAACCAAUAAUGGCACAAGUUUUGUUAGGUCCUUUGAUCUCAAUCUUCUUGGGUAUGCAACUGAAACGCUUUUUUUUACAUAUUUUGCACCUCUGGUGACCACAUCAACCCAUUCAGUACUUACACAAGGUUUUGCUACCUUUUUUGCCGAUUCGAGUCAGUUAGCGAAGAAAGCAGUUGCGACAUCUUUCCGCACCAUAGUUGACCGGCUGUAUUGCCCAUCUUCGACCAAUAUUUUAUCAAUAAUUCAGAUAUCUCUUUUUUUCAAAAUUGCAUGUGCAGAGGUAGCCAAGAUACGACACACCAAUCUUCUUCACAGAGAUGUUUUAGUCAUACAGAUAAUCGAAUGA